GUUCGAAUCUUCAAAGAUGUUCGUCAUUCAUCGAUGAAAGAGAAAUCCGUCUUGUUGCGUGACGACGUCGGGGCGUUUUUAUAGGAAACGUACAAAAAAAAAAGAUACAAGUUUUUUUUCGACACGUGAAGCAUUUUCGAAGCGACCUGAACUGUUGAUAGUGUGUUGCAUUUAGUCUCCCACGUUGAGUGAAGAUUUUUAAAGUUCGUCUUCCAUCUCGAGAAGAAAGGGAGAGCAGGGCACCUGCUCUUCAACACACUGCAAAGCGACAUGUUCCAGAAGGUGCAGAAUCGGGGUGCCUGCAGCAUCCAAAUGGAGGAAACCAAAGCGGGAGCCCAGGCGCGGCCCAAAAUCAACCUCUUCUCAUUGUCCAACCUGAAGAAAGUGGACAACACAGACACCCAGCGCCUCACCCAACUCCCGCGCCAAGCUGCUGUCAACUUGGAGUUCAACGACCUAUCGUACGCCAUCCAGGAGGGGCACUGUUGUCGGAAGGCAGGUUUCAAAACACUGUUGAAUUGUCUCAAUGGACAAUUUAACAGCAAAGAGCUUACCGGGAUCAUGGGACCCUCUGGAGCUGGGAAGUCCACCAUGAUGAACGUCCUGGCAGGAUACAGGGAGACAGGCAUGAAGGGUAAAAUCCUGGUGAACGGUCGCCCGAGGGACUUGGAAACAUUUCAGAAGAUGUCAUGCUACAUCAUGCAAAGUGACGUACUGAUGCCUCACCUCUCGACAAAGGAGGCUAUGAUGGUGGCUGCCAAUCUGAAACUCAAUGAAAGCAUGCAGGUCAAAAAGAGGAUUGUGACCGAGGUACUGACGGCUUUAGGGCUGAUUGCGUGUGCGAAAACGCGGACAAACAAUCUCUCAGGUGGCCAGUCGAAAAGACUGGCCAUUGCUCUCGAGUUGGUCAACAAUCCUCCCGUCAUGUUCUUCGAUGAACCCAUCAGUGGUUUGGACAGUGCAACAUCCGUCCAGGUUAUCUCCCUCCUGAAGUGUCUGGCUAAUGGAGGUCGGACGAUCAUCUGCACCAUUCAUCAGCCCAGUGGGAACCUCUUUCAGAUGUUUGACAAGCUGUACAUCCUCAGUCAAGGCCAGUGUAUCUACAGGGGCUCAGUCACCCACCUCAUCCCUCACCUGACCAACCUCAACCUUCAUUGCCCGAAGUAUCACAAUCCGGCAGAUUUCAUCAUCGAAGUGGCGACGGGAGCGCAUGGCGACAUGCAGGCGGUGUUGUUUGAGGCCGCCCAAGGCAGCCAGUGCUGCGAGGAGAGCAAGAAGAACACUGCGCAUGAUGAGAGUUCGUCCGCCGGCGAUAACCAACCCGAUAUGCCACCUCUCGAGAUACAAUACUUUGCCACCAGUGCUUUGAAACAGUUUUUCAUCCUCUUUAAAAGAAACCUCACGGCCAUAUGCAGGGAUGCGAUACUGACCCACCUGCGCGUGAUCUCGCACAUCAUCAUCGGACUCCUAAUUGGCUUGCUUUACCUCAACAUCGGAAACGACGGGGUGAGCGCGUUCAACAACACCGGGUUCCUCUUCUUCUCCAUGCUGUUCAUCAUGUUCGCCGCCCUGAUGCCCACCGUUCUCACCUUUCCUCUGGAAAUGGCUGUGUUUGUAAGGGAAUACUUAAACUCGUGGUACAGUCUACAUGCCUACUACAUGGCAAAAACGUGUGCAGACAUCCCAUUCCAGAUGAUCUGUCCAAUACUGUACUGCAGUAUCGCAUACUGGAUGACUGGUCAGCCUGCAGAAGCUACUCGCUUCGUACUCUUCCUCUCCCUGUGCACGUCCGUUGCCCUGGUCGCACAGUCCCUUGGGCUGCUCAUUGGGGCGGCGUCGCCAUCACCACAGGUUGCCACUUUCGUCGGGCCGAUCACAGCCAUACCAAUCAUCCUCUUCUCGGGGUUCUUUGUGAGUUUCCGCAACAUUCCUUAUUACCUGCAGUGGACCUCUUACGUCUCCUACGUCAGGUACGGUUUCGAGGGAGUGAUGCUCUCGAUCUAUGGGAUGAACCGCACGGAGCUGGAAUGUGACCCGACGGUGCCGCUGUGUACCUUUCAGGAUCCAACGCAAGUCCUGAAAAUGCUGGAUGUGGAGAAUGCAAAGCUCUAUGUGGAUUUUCUUGUCCUGGGAAUUUUUUUCACGGUCAUCAGGGUGGCCACAUUUCUAGUCCUGCACUGGAAAGUGAGGGCUGAACGUUGAGUUCACGUAAAUGUUAUCUAUUCAGUGGGAUGUUAAAAGACAGUUUGCUGGUUGAACUUGUCGCUGGUUGAACUUGUAAUUCGGUUUGAAUUUCCCAUUGAGAUCAUAAUACAUUGGGAAUAUUUAACUGAUGCCGUCAUCAAACUUUCAUUGGCUGGAUAUUUUGUUAAAUGUUUUUUUGUUGAAUGACAAGAAUUCCAUAAAAAAAAAAGAUGAAACACAUUUAGUCCAAUCAAGUUAGCAUUAGCGUGGUAAACUAAUUGCCAAGUUAAUUGCUGGACUAAUAU